ACGCGGUCCAAUUUCAGUUGCGUGUGAGAGCGUAGCACGGACAAACAACGAGCGCAAACGCCCCACGUAGCCCCCCUAGGUCUGGUAAGCAGAAAUAUGCUGUCCCUCACAGCCAACGUCAUAAAGAACAACCGUGGAGCUAAGUGUGUGAAGCUGCUACAUACGUCUGCUGUGGCCAGAAUGCCCAUUCAGGUCGGUGAGUGUCUCCCUGCUGUUGAAGUCCAGGAGGGACAGCCAGGCAAUAGGGUGGCAAUGGAUAAACUAUUCAAGGGAAAGAAAGGAAUCCUCUUUGCUGUACCUGGAGCAUUCACCCCUGGAUGCUCCAAGACACACCUCCCAGGUUUUGUGAGUCAAGCUGCGGACUUGAAAAAGAAAGGCAUUGAGGAAGUGGCAUGCCUUUCUGUCAAUGAUGUGUUUGUCAUGGCAGCUUGGGGAAAGGAGCAUGGAGCAGAUGGCAAGGUUCGAAUGUUGGCUGAUCCUACUGGAAUGUUUACAAAGGCAGUUGACUUGUUAAUUUCCAAUGAUCAAUUGGAACAGGUUCUUGGGAACAAGCGUUCCAAGAGAUAUGCAAUGCUGGUAGAAGAUGGAGUAGUUAAAAAGAUCAAUGUUGAGCCUGAUGGCACUGGGUUGACAUGCAGCUUGGCUUCUAAUAUUCUCUCUCAGUUAUAAACUAAUGCUUGGUUUACUAACCAAACUUAAAAAUUAUGUAACUGUAAAAACAGCAUUAAAUUGUCCUGAGGCUACUUUUUUGUUUAGUUUAGUGCAAAUUUCAUGUGGGAACUGGGGUCAGAAAAAGGUAAGGUAAAUGAUGCGCACAAUAAUGACAUGAAUUGUAAACUACUCAAAUGUACAGUAGCUUCUAAUUACUGUGACCUGCAAAUAAAAGUGGACUCCUAAGCAAUA